AUGUGGAGGCAGCAGCCAAUCCCCUCAAAAUUUCGACUGCCGGCGGUGGUUGUCGUCGCGGCGUUGAUAAUUCUGGCACGUCCCACGAUCCAGAGCGCGGUCUCUGUGAAAAACGAGAUGAGCGAUAAGAAGCUGAUAGUGCACUGUCAAUCCAAAGACGACGAUAUUGGGAGGCACGUCGUGGAUGUAGGCCUGGAUUUGCACUGGGAUUUCCUUGCGGAGAUUGGGACACAGUUUUGGUGCAACUUGGCGGUGGAAGAUAAACAUCUUUGCUUCGACGCAUAUCAACAGUCGGACAGAGACUUGUGCUGUGGUCGCAUUUACUGGAAGGUCAGGGAUGAUGGUGUUCAUCUAGUUGACCCGGAUGAUGGAGAAACAAAAUCUUAUCGACGGGAGUGGAAACACCUAUAG